AUGGAAAGUAAUGAAGAAGUCAAAAAACCAAUAGUGGAAAGAGACUUGGAUUUAAUUGCUGCCGAGCUGUUGGAAGCUGCUGACAAAUAUCAGCUGCAGUCGCUCAAAAAAAUGUGCGAAGAGUCGCUCUGCAAAAUUUUAAAGCCAGACAAUCUUAUCUCGAUGAUGAAUUUUGCUGAGCGUUACAAUGCUAGGAAUUUGUUGGGAUAUGUCACUGAAUGUAUUGCAGUUGAUGCUGAAAAUAUUGUUCAGAGAAAUGAAUUCAAAGAAAUAGAAAAGUCGUCCAUGGGAUUUGAAUUGUUUAAAAAACUCAUGGCUUUGCAUGCUAAUAAUGCUCAAAAUUUUCUUCAAUAA